GUAACACUGACGGUUUCAAACGGAGGAAAAUCUAAGACACACUGAGAAUUACCAAAUCGUGGAGAUGAUGCGGGGAAUUUCAGUUUUCAAUUCCCUCCAAAACAUUUUCUUGGAAUAGAUAAUGUCUAUCAAAUGAAUGUAACAUUCUAAAAAAAAUGACAACGUAUAAAUUAGACCAACCUAUCCGUGAUAUAUUUUGUAUCAACGCUAACGAAGCCAAAUUAUAACAUUUUAUCUGCUGUUUUCUGAAGCUUUUCAGCCGUGUCUCCAUUUUACCAAUGUUAAAGCAAACAUGCUCAGUGAUUGAUAAAAGCUAGUUCUAUAUCGACGCAAUCGUAUUCCCAAGGAUGAGUCGUUUUUAUAUGUAUUUAUUUUUCUUGUUUUUUAAACAUGCAUCAGGAAAGAAACAUAGUCUACAGCUGUAUAACGAUUUAUUCCAAAAUUCCUCCUACAACAAGGUUCUAAUCCCAACCUUAAACGAUAACGACAUCCUUCCUAUGAAGAUAUCAUUCCUUCCGCGAGGAAUCAGCGAAUUUAAUGAAGUGACGGGGCGGUUAUCCAUCGCAAUGGGUCUCGAUAUCCGUUGGACUGACGAAUUUUUAAAAUGGAAUCCUUUCAAGUAUGGCAAUGUGUCACAUUUGGUAGUUCCCGAGGAUCAUGUUUGGACACCAGUGAUUAUCCUAGCCAAUCCGAUAGACAGAACCCCUGUGUUUCCAGACGAUUCCUUUCCAAUAAGAGUUUAUGCCAAUGGCCAACUUAUAUGGAUUAAAGGAGGGACGGUAAGCGUCACGUGUCAACCUAAUGUUAAAUACUACCCAUUUGACGAACACAAAUGUUCCGCUAUAUUUUUAACCAUUGAUCGCAUAGGAAAUGAACUUAGAAUGGAAACAGGAAUGAGGUCUGUUAUUAAUGAGAAAUAUGGAGAAUGGGAUAUACACAGUAUGAACGCAUAUUCCUCCAGACUCGAUGUAUAUUCUUGUUCUGUUUUCGAGAUCACAGUGAGACGACGGUCAGAGUUUUUGAUACUAAAUACAUGCAUACCAAUAUUGUGUUUGGGAAUUUUAAACGCCUGUGUAUUCUUAAUUCCACCAGAAUCAGGAGAACGAGUUUCCUUCGCCAUGACAGUUUUGCUUUCUUUCGCUGUUUUUAUGACAAUAUUUAGCGCAUCACUCCCAAAAAAUUCCGACCCUGUUCCCAUCGUUUGUUAUGUGCUAAUGAUAAUGAUGUUUGAAAGUGGAAUAAUUGUAAUUCUAACCAUUAUUGGGCUUCGCAUUUUCUUUAAACGUGAGGAUGAAUCAAUACCAAAGUUUGUAAGUCGCAUUGCUAAAUUGACAGGCCUUAAACCAGACAAAUGUAGAAAAAGCGACCAGACUUUGAGAAAUGGAAGGAUUCAAAAUGAUGAAGAAAGUCAUAAGCAGGAGCAGGCAUCACUUACCUGGGAGAGACUGCGAAUUAUUUUUGACAUGACAUGCUUCUGUGUCUCCUUUGGGAUUUUUGUUUUGUUGGUUUGUGUUUACGCCACCAUGGUAAAGAUUUCCUGAAUAGUGUGUUUCAGCUUAAAACAAAGCUAUGUCGUAUGUUUUUGUAAAGAAUUGAUUAAGUUAUUUCAUGUUGAACGGAGAAUUUCAUUAACGAUCAUCGAUAAUGAAUUGUAAAUAUUGACACGACGAAUCCAAUUAAUGAGUGAAACUAUAUUUGGUAUAAAUUUUGGUUUGUACUGCACAAUAGUCGUUUUACAGGAUCACUCAUUGUUUCUGUAAUCAACAUUUGGUUUACAAUUUAGUGAUGAGCCAUCAGUGAAAUAAAUAGUGCUUGUCUACCUUAGAGCUUUCAGCUGUUUCAAUUUUUUCUUCAAACUCAAUAAUUUGUUUUAAUGGAGGUUUGGUCUAAACUUAAGUGAAAUCAUUUUCCAUUUGUAUCGUGCAUUUCUUUGACAUCGUGAAAAAACGAAUUGCAAUUAUAUCUGUUGGAAGAAAAAAUCCACUUUUAAUAUACAUGUAAUAUUGAUAUGUAAAUACAAUUGAUUUCAUUUCC